AUGUCCACAACACUUUUCUGGAAUUGCAGGGGUGCCCGGAAAAAGGCUAUGGGCAACUACCUGCGUCACCUCGUUGGUGACAAUGAUGUUCAUUUUAUUGGCCUUGUUGAAACCAAGGUUGAAACGCUUGGGAGAACGGAAGUGGAUAAGUUCAUCGGCGUUCAAUGGAAUUUUUUUCAUUUCCCUUCCUGCGGGAAGUCGGGUGGAAUCCUGGUGCUUUGGCGUAAAGAUAUCACAAGCUUUGAUAUCCUUGAAGCUAAUGAGCAAGUGGUUGUGGGCAAUCUUUGCCUACCGGAUGGUGUUUGCUGGACAAUUGCGGUGGUCUACGCCAACAAAGACCACCAUGUAAGGCGGAACCUUUGGCAUAUCCUAAGCCAAUAUGCUACUGGUGAUCGGCCCUUCCUUAUUGGAGGGGACUUCAAUUGCUGUUUGAGCCAAAGUGAGAAGAAGGGUGGCAAGAGGUUCACCUACUCGGCGGGUGCUCAAGAGAUGGCUGACUUCCUCUCAUGUAAUGAUUUGCAUGAUUUGGGGUUUGUGGGACCCAAGUACACUUGGUCGAACAACAAAGAUGGGACUAGCAAAAUCUGA